AUGGCUCAAGCUAAUAAUGCCUUACAGCCUUUAACUUUGGACCCACUUAAAUUCCUUCAAAGAUUGCCGGACUUUUCUGGAGACAGAAAAGAGUUAUAUUCAUUUAUUGCACUUGUUGAUAGAAUCAACCCCAUUCUCAUUCAAUACGAUGAGCUUUCCCAACUUUUAUUUUUUGACAUAAUUAAAAGCAAACUUAAAGAUAAGGCAAAAGAGACUAUGGAAAUCAAUUUCCAUGCCCAAUCGUGGACAGAAAUUAGAAUAAUUUUGAUGAAUAAUUUUGGUGAAAAACAUAGUGUAGAAGAGUUAUAUGACAGACUUAGAUCUGUAGUUUUUAAAACCAAUGCCAUAGAUUUUUAUAAUGAAAUCAAGGAAAAACUCCGAAGUUUAAAUAACAAAACAUCGACUGAUUUUGGAAUUAAUGCAAACAGCGAGCAAACAGCUAGAAAUAAUAUGAAAACCGCUCUUAAUAUUUUUAAAGAAAAAAUACCGGAACCCAUGAGAACUAUUCUAGCUUGCAGAAAUCCAAACACGCUUGAAGAUGCAAUGGAUAUUCUUUUUAACUCAGGAUAUGCCAAUUAUGGAGUUAAGAAUAGAAAUAACACUUUUAAUAGACUUGAUAACUCGAAUAAUAGAAGUAGAAUAUAUACAAAUGUUAGCAGUAAUUAUGAAACACAUGAAAACAAUGGAACAGGCCAGCGUUUUAAAACAAAUAGAAACAAAUAUUUUACGAAUAGAUGGGAAACGCAAAAUAACCAGACUGAUAUAAGUAGGCAGACUUAUAACAAUAAUAGGUUCCAACAUAACAGUAAUAAUAACAACAGUAAUAGGAAUAACUAUCAAUAUAACCCUAAUAACAGACAAAACUUUAGAAACAAUUUUACAAAUUCUCAAAGUCACCCAUCUUUACCAGAACCAAUGGACAUUAAUUAUAUUCAAGAUUCCAAUAGACCUGUAAUCUCGAAUUUAAAUAAUAACAAUAAUAACACUAAUCGAUAUAGCUAUCAAUAUAAUUAUAAAACCGGACAACAUUUUAGGAACAAUUUUACAAAUUCUCAAAAUCAACAAUCUUUCGAAGAUCCAAGGGACAUUAACAUUAUUCAGAAUUCAAAUAGACAAGAGAGAAUGCCACAAAAUACUUCCGUCAUAAAUUAUUCCACUAAUACACAAGUUCCUCAUCAUAUUCCAUUAAAUCAAAAUGAGACAAUACAAAAUUUUCCUUUUCAAGCCUCUCCGGAGAGCUACCAUAUAUAG